AUGAAGUUGAAAUUGAUGACAAAAAGUUCCGAAAAGUUGAAGGAGACUUUAAGUUUGAUAUCGCAUGUGCGUAAAUUUGUUGUUUUAAAAUUCACGCCAAGUGAGCUUAGUGUGAUUCUGAUUAAUGGCCAAGCGGUUAAACUGGAACCGCAAGUAUGGUGUAAACUACCUGUUUCUGAACUAUUUCAAAGUUGUGAGAUACAGAGUGUAAGGGAUAACACAAUUCUGAUGGAAAUUAAUAUAGAUUUACUUGUACAAACAUUGAAAAAUUUUGAUAAAGCAAACAGUGAAGGAUUGAAUAUAAGACUACAACGUACAGAUACUUCUGGAGCAAAGGGUACAAGCACUACAACAGGACGAACGGCAUCUUUGGCUUUGUUUUAUUCUAAUUUAAAUAUUAAUGCCAAUGUUGUCAACCACACAUUCAGAAUACCAGUUAAAAUACUACGAGAUGCACAGGAUAUGCUACAUGAGCCUACACAUUCGGACCUUGGAUUGAUAAUGAGAUUGCCCAAUGAAUUUGUCACUAUGUUUAAAAGAUUGGAAAAAUUCAAAAAAGUACCGUCAAGUGAAUCUGUCACUAUCAGAGCCAGUCGAAGAAAUGGGGGGUUUCUAGGGUUUAUAUUAGAGGAAUCUGGAAAAUUCAAGGUGACAAUUAGUUGGAACGAUAAAUUGGAAGUUCAUAAACCAACUACCACAGAAAACGAUUCAUUGAGAGAGACCCUUCGAAAUGGGCCUAGUCAAUUGGGUGAGAAUGAGAAAGAUAUAACAAGUGAUAUUGAUGAAAUUGAGGUAAACGUGAAAUUGAAGGAUUGGCAACUGGCUUCCAAAAUUGUUGGUAGAUGUCGAACAGUAAUUCUUUAUAUUGGUGAAAGAGAAUGCAGUUUACACUGCUUGCUAGAUGAUACUGAUGAUGUUGAGAUUGUAUAUUUUAUUACUGGUUCUAGAAUAACACACUAA